CGCGCCGCUCCGCUCCAGCUAGGGCUCCGGCUCGCCUCUGGCUGGGCUCGGGCUCCGGCGGCGGCGUUCCCCGCGCCGGGCCCCGGGACGGGCGGCGGCGCUCCAACCAUGGGCAGUGCCCAGGCGCUGGUGCUGGCGCUCACCUUCCAGCUCUGCGCGCCGGAGACCGAGACUCCGGCAGCUGGCUGCACCUUUGAGGAGGCAAGUGACCCAGCAGUGCCCUGCGAGUACAGCCAGGCCCAGUACGAUGACUUCCAGUGGGAGCAAGUGCGAAUCCACCCUGGCACCCGGGCCCCUGCGGACCUGCCCCAUGGCUCCUACUUGAUGGUCAACACUUCCCAGCAUGCCCCAGGCCAGCGAGCCCAUGUCAUCUUCCAGAGCCUGAGCGAGAAUGACACCCACUGUGUGCAGUUCAGCUACUUCCUGUACAGCCGGGACGGGCACAGCCCAGGCACCCUGGGUGUCUACGUGCGCGUUAAUGGGGGCCCCCUGGGCAGUGCUGUCUGGAAUAUGACUGGAUCCCAUGGCCGUCAGUGGCACCAGGCUGAGCUGGCUGUCAGCACUUUCUGGCCCAAUGAAUAUCAGGUGCUGUUUGAGGCCCUCAUCUCCCCAGACCGCAGGGGCUACGUGGGCCUAGACGACAUCCUGCUUCUCAGCUACCCCUGCGCAAAGGCCCCACACUUCUCCCGCCUGGGCGACGUGGAGGUCAACGCGGGCCAGAACGCGUCGUUCCAGUGCAUGGCGGCGGGCAGAGCGGCCGAGGCCGAACGCUUCCUCCUGCAGCGGCAGAGCGGGGCGCUGGUGCCGGCGGCGGGCGUGCGGCACAUCAGCCACCGGCGCUUCCUGGCCACUUUCCCGCUGGCUGCCGUGAGCCGCGCCGAGCAGGACCUGUACCGCUGUGUGUCCCAGGCCCCGCGAGGAGCGGGCGUCUCCAACUUCGCGGAGCUCAUCGUCAAGGAGCCCCCCACUCCCAUUGCGCCCCCACAGCUGCUGCGUGCUGGUCCCACCUACCUCAUCAUCCAGCUCAACACCAACUCCAUUAUUGGCGACGGGCCGAUCGUGCGCAAGGAGAUUGAGUACCGCAUGGCGCGCGGGCCCUGGGCCGAAGUGCAUGCUGUCAGCCUGCAGACCUACAAGCUGUGGCACCUCGACCCCGACACAGAGUAUGAGAUCAGCGUGCUGCUCACGCGUCCUGGAGACGGCGGCACUGGCCGCCCCGGGCCACCCCUCAUCAGCCGCACCAAAUGCGCAGAGCCCAUGAGGGCCCCCAAAGGCCUGGCUUUCGCUGAGAUCCAGGCCCGCCAGCUGACCCUGCAGUGGGAACCACUGGGCUACAACGUGACGCGUUGCCACACCUAUACCGUGUCGCUGUGCUAUCACUACACCCUGGGCAGCAGCCACAACCAGACCAUCCGAGAGUGUGUGAAGACAGAGCAAGGUGUCAGCCGCUACACCAUCAAGAACCUGCUGCCCUAUCGGAACGUUCAUGUGAGGCUUGUCCUCACUAACCCUGAGGGGCGCAAAGAGGGCAAGGAGGUCACCUUUCAGACGGAUGAGGAUGUGCCUGGUGGGAUUGCAGCCGAGUCCCUGACCUUCACUCCACUGGAGGACAUGAUCUUCCUCAAGUGGGAAGAACCCCAGGAGCCCAAUGGUCUCAUCACUCAGUAUGAGAUCAGCUACCAGAGCAUUGAGUCAUCAGACCCGGCAGUGAACGUGCCGGGCCCACGACGUACCAUCUCCAAGCUCCGCAACGAGACCUACCACGUCUUCUCCAACCUGCACCCAGGCACCACCUACCUAUUCUCCGUGCGGGCCCGCACAGGCAAAGGCUUCGGACAGGCAGCACUCACUGAGAUAACCACCAACAUCUCUGCUCCCAGCUUUGAUUAUGCCGACAUGCCGUCUCCCCUGGGCGAGUCUGAGAACACCAUCACCGUGCUGCUGAGGCCGGCACAGGGCCGCGGUGCACCCAUCAGUGUGUACCAGGUGAUUGUGGAGGAGGAGCGGGCGCGGAGGCUGCGGCGGGAGCCAGGUGGACAGGAUUGCUUCCCAGUGCCACUGACCUUUGAGGCGGCGCUGGCCCGAGGCUUGGUGCACUACUUCGGGGCCGAACUGGUGGCCAGCAGUCUACCUGAGGCCAUGCCCUUUACCGUGGGUGACAACCAGACCUACCGAGGCUUCUGGAACCCACCGCUUGAGCCUAGGAAGGCCUAUCUCAUCUACUUCCAGGCAGCAAGCCACCUGAAGGGGGAGACCCGGCUGAAUUGCAUCCGCAUUGCCAGGAAAGCUGCCUGCAAGGAAAGCAAGCGGCCCCUGGAGGUGUCCCAGAGAUCGGAGGAGAUGGGGCUUAUCCUGGGCAUCUGUGCAGGCGGCCUUGCUGUCCUCAUCCUUCUCCUGGGUGCCAUCAUUGUCAUCAUCCGCAAAGGGAAGCCGGUGAACAUGACCAAGGCCACCGUCAACUACCGCCAGGAAAAGACACACAUGAUGAGUGCCGUCGACCGCAGCUUCACAGACCAGAGCACCCUGCAGGAGGAUGAGCGGCUGGGCCUGUCCUUCAUGGACACCCAUGGCUACAGCACCCGGGGAGACCAGCGCAGCGGUGGGGUCACUGAGGCCAGCAGCCUCCUGGGGGGCUCCCCAAGGCGUCCCUGUGGCCGGAAGGGCUCCCCGUACCACACGGGGCAGCUGCACCCUGCAGUGCGUGUGGCGGACCUUCUGCAGCACAUCAACCAGAUGAAGACGGCUGAGGGUUACGGCUUCAAGCAGGAGUACGAGAGCUUCUUUGAAGGCUGGGACGCCACAAAGAAGAAAGACAAGGUCAAGGGCAGCCGGCAGGAGCCAAUGCCUGCCUAUGAUCGGCACCGAGUGAAACUGCACCCGAUGCUGGGAGACCCCAAUGCUGACUACAUUAAUGCCAACUACAUAGAUGGUUACCACAGGUCAAACCACUUCAUAGCCACUCAAGGGCCGAAGCCUGAGAUGGUCUAUGACUUCUGGCGCAUGGUGUGGCAGGAGCACUGUUCCAGCAUCGUCAUGAUCACCAAGCUGGUCGAGGUGAAAUGCUCACGGUAUUGGCCAGAGGACUCAGACACCUACGGGGACAUCAAGAUCACGCUGGUGAAGACGGAGACCCUGGCUGAGUAUGUCGUGCGCACUUUUGCCCUGGAGCGGAGAGGCUACUCUGCCCGGCACGAGGUCCGCCAGUUCCACUUCACAGCGUGGCCAGAGCAUGGCGUCCCGUACCACGCCACGGGGCUGCUGGCUUUCAUCCGACGCGUGAAGGCCUCCACCCCACCUGAUGCCGGGCCCAUUGUCAUCCACUGCAGCGCGGGCACUGGCCGCACAGGUUGCUACAUCGUCCUGGAUGUGAUGCUGGACAUGGCAGAGUGUGAGGGCGUCGUGGACAUUUACAACUGUGUGAAGACUCUCUGCUCCCGCCGCGUCAACAUGAUCCAGACUGAGGAGCAGUACAUCUUCAUUCAUGAUGCAAUCUUGGAGGCCUGCCUGUGUGGGGAGACCACCAUCCCUGUCAGUGAGUUCAAGGCCACCUACAAGGAGAUGAUCCGCAUUGAUCCUCAGAGUAAUUCCUCCCAGCUGCGGGAAGAGUUCCAGACGCUGAACUCGGUCACCCCGCCGCUGGACGUAGAGGAGUGCAGCAUCGCCCUGUUGCCCCGAAACCGCGACAAGAACCGCAGCAUGGAUGUCCUGCCGCCCGACCGCUGCCUGCCCUUCCUCAUCUCCACUGAUGGGGACCCCAACAACUACAUUAAUGCGGCUCUGACUGAUAGCUACACACGGAGCGCGGCCUUCAUCGUGACCCUGCACCCGCUGCAGAGCACCACGCCUGACUUCUGGCGACUGGUUUACGACUACGGGUGCACCUCCAUCGUCAUGCUCAACCAGCUGAACCAGUCCAACUCCGCCUGGCCCUGCCUGCAGUACUGGCCAGAGCCAGGCCGGCAGCAGUAUGGCCUCAUGGAGGUGGAGUUUAUGUCGGGCACAGCAGAUGAAGACUUAGUGGCCCGAGUCUUCCGGGUGCAGAACAUCUCUCGGCUGCAGGAGGGGCACCUGCUGGUGCGGCACUUCCAGUUCCUGCGCUGGUCUGCAUACCGGGACACGCCUGACUCCAAGAAGGCCUUCCUGCACCUGCUGGCUGAGGUGGACAAGUGGCAGGCCGAGAGUGGGGAUGGGCGCACCAUUGUGCACUGCCUAAAUGGGGGAGGACGCAGCGGCACCUUCUGCGCCUGCUCUACGGUCCUGGAGAUGAUACGCUGCCACAACUUGGUGGACGUUUUCUUUGCUGCCAAAACUCUCCGGAACUACAAACCCAACAUGGUGGAGACCAUGGAUCAGUACCACUUUUGCUACGAUGUGGCCCUGGAAUACUUGGAGGGGCUGGAGUCAAGAUAGCGGGGCCCUGGCCUGGGGCACCCACUGCACACUCAGGGCCAGACCCACCAUCCUGGACUGGCAAGGAAGAUCAGUGCCUCCUGCUCUGCCCAAACACACCCCCGUGGGGCAAGCAUUGGAGUGGAUGCUGGGCCACCUUGCUGCCCCUUCCACUGUGGGCAGGGUCUUUCACUUUGUCCCAUGGGCAGGUCGUAGGCCAAGGAGGAGCGUAGCAAGUCUGCAGCCCAGCCCCACCUCCAUAGGGUCCUGCAGGCCUGUGCUGAGAGGCCUGGCACUGCCUGGCAGAGUGACAAGGGCCCAGGACGGCCGGCUCUGGGGUACUCAAGCCAAGCCCCUUGGCACCAUCCUGGCCUUUGGCAGGGAUGAGUGAGGCCCUGCAGAGAGUAUCCCAGGCCAAGAUUCCCACUCUGCAUGUGGGUAGAGGGUGUACUGGGGCUUGGCAUGUGGGUAGAGGGUGUACUGGGGCUUGGCAUCUAGGAUUCCAUCUGGCACAGCCUCUGAGGGUCCUGGGGAAGCAGGACUCUGUUCUGAACAGCCAGUGGGGCACACUGACUGUCCUCCCCAGGGGAACUGCAGUGCCCUCCUCCCCACUGCCCCCUACAGCCCCUGGGAUAUUUUGCUCACUAUCCCUCCCCACUUCUGCUUCCCUGGUAUGUGCUCUGAGCUUCCCUGCCCAUUCCUGCUGGGCCCCAUGGUGGGCUCCUUCCCUGCCUGACCCACUGUUGCAGAAUGAAGUCACCUUGCCCCCCUCUUCCUUCAAUCUUCAGGCCUCACUGGCCUGUCCUGCUCAGCUUGGGCCAGUGACAAUCUGCAAGGCUGAACAACAGCCCCUGGGGUUGAGGCCCCUGUGGCUCCUGGUCAGGCCGCCCUUUGUGGGGAGGGGCAGUGUUAGAGCAGGGCUGGUCAUACCCUCUGGAGUUCAGAGGAAGGAGGACCAGUGCUUUUUUGUUUCUUUUGUUAUUUUUGGAUGGGUGGUUGGGAAGGUCUCUUUAACAUGGGGCAGGCCACACCCCCAUUCUGUGCCUCAAUUUCCCCAUCUGUAAACUGUAGAUAUGACUACUGACCUACCUCGCAGGGGGCUGUGGGGAGGCAUAAGCUGAUGUUUGUAAAGCGCUUUGUAAAUAAACGUGCUCUCUGAAUGCCACAGA